CACUGUGGCAUGUGCCAAUUUAGACCAUUCUUACAAUUUCUUCAGUGCACACCUCCGCCUAAACCAACGGACAGAUGUUUCUAAAGCCGUACAGACCAAAGAGCAGUGCUGCCCUAAAGGGAUCUGAUAGCAAGAAGUUCCGACAGCGAGUGGAGGCGGCGUUUCCCCAUGUUUCUGUUGAUCAGCUUGUGCCGGCUAAGGCUGCGGUGACCCAGGUGAAGAUACUCACCCACGGUGGAGUCCAAAGCACGGUAUACUGCGUUGACAAGCUGCCCUUGUUUUUUGAGCUAGACGGCGGGCAACUGGUUCCAACGCUGUACACCCUGUGGUCUAUUCCGGACAUCCUUCCCUAUUUCACCACUCAUGAAGGGGUGCUGCCGAAGCUCACGAACGGAGCAGAUCUCAUGCUUCCCGGAGUGGUUCCUCUAGGCGUGGGAUUAAACAUGUAUGGACACUACAAGAAGGGACAGUUAAUGGCUGUUAACCUUACCAAUAACAAAUCUGCGGUGGGUUUGGGCCAGUUGGCACGUUCCAGUGAUGAAUUGUAUAUGUGUGGAGGUCACGGAGUGGCAAUCAAGAUGCUCCAUCUUUUUGGCGACAAGCUCUGGUCACACGAACCCAGCUUAGUGCAACAAAUCCCGCUGGUGAAGACAAAGGCAUUGUCGGGAGAAGAUUUUCCUGCCCUUGGUUCUGAGAUGGAAAGGAAAAAGACUGCCAAUCCUGCUGCUACACCUCCUGUAACCUUUGCUUCUAUAACUCAGACAGAGGAACUUAAUACAGACACUGCUGCUCUGAGCUUAGAAAACCCGGAAACCCCCGAUUCAAAUGACGAAGAGGAGAUGGUUGCUUCACCAGAACAGAUUCUCAAGAAUGCCUUUUUGUCUGCCCUGAAGAACAAUGGAAAAAAACUACCUCUGCCGCUGUUGACCAGUAACUUCUAUAGACUCUAUGUGGUCACAGAAUCUGCGGAGCAAAUCGACUUAAAGAAGACACGCUAUAAGAAGCUUUCAAAUUUUCUUGCUGAGAUGGUGGAUCAGGGAUUCAUUGUGGUGCGAGAGGAGAGCAAAGGUGUGGAUAAGAUAAUAUCUGUGGAUCUAGAACACCCGGAAGUUGUGAACUUCAUAACCGAUGUUAAGGCGAACGAAGCAAAUGGUGCGGCGUCCGAGACGCCUCUCUUCCACUCCGAACUGAAGGAGAUGUACAUAGUGACUGAUGUGACGGCGGCCUUUUUUACCAAAUUGAAUUUCAAGCGCGGAGAGGGGAUUCCCGCUGGUCAGAUCAAGAAGAUUGUACGAGAAUAUGUGAGCAAGCAUGGACUUUUGCAUCCGCUAACAAAGUUGGUUCGCCCGGACGAAACUUUAAUUGAGUUGUAUGGCAACAGAGAAGCCUCGCUUAGCGAGAUGUGCUCCCUAAUCACCAGUAAGAUGGAGCAUUCCUACCAGAUGUGUAGCGGUAAGGACACGAGCGGCAAGCCUCUCAUCCAGAUGUCAUUGGCAACGCGCUCCGGCAACAAAAAGGUGACGUUAGUGAGCAACAUCGAGGCGUACGGCAUUAUCCUUGCCGAAUUCAUCAAGUUGUGCAAACAAGGAGCAGCCGCCAGCACUAGUGUGGUGAAACUCCCUCAUCAGAAGCACGAGCAGCUGCAAAUCCAAGGCAACCAGGUGCGAUUUGUGCACACACUGCUUACUGAAACCUACAAGGUGCCCCCUAAAUGCAUUCUGGGCCUGGAACUGGCCAAGGAUGGCAAGAAGAAUAAGAAAAAGUGAACCAGAUAAUAAAGGAAUCAUAUGCCUGUC